CUUGGAAAUAUAUAUCAAAUACUUUUUUAAUCUUAUCAGCACAACAAUAUAUAAAAUAUGGGCGCCGUGCAGCCAGGAGCAGUUGUGAGCAUUGAACACACCUGGGUGCACUCGACUCCAUAUGCCGCUCUGCCUCCGUACGCUGUCAUCGGUGGCCAUGAUUCCGAUGGAACGCCAAUCUAUGUCGGUCGCUCAUUCCAUGAGGGUGAAAAUCUGCCAGCCAAAGUGAUACCCAGCAAGGGCUGUGCCUAUGUGGCCUAUGGCGGACAGGAGCAUCAGAAGACGCAUUAUGAAGUGCUGGUGGGUCAGGGAUUUGCCUGGGUUGGUAGUGGCGGCGGUGCCAUUCCACCCAAUGCUGUACGCAGCGGCACAACCCGUCAAGGCGAACCUCUCUAUGUGGGUCGUGGUCACUAUUCGAAUUCAUUAACUGUGGGCAAAGUCCAUCCAUCGCAUGGUUGCCUCUAUGUGCCAUUUGGAGGUCAGGAAGUACGCAUCAAUACCUAUGAGGUAUUGAUCUAUCAGAGACACGAUACCUGGGUGCCCGCUUCACCUGGUUACACGCCACCAAAUGCUGUGAUUGCCGGACACGAUUCCGAUCGGACACCCAUCUAUGCCGGUCGUGCCAUGCAUGAGGGUGAAAUGCUUCCCUCGAAGGUUGUGCCCAGCAAGGGAUGUGCCUAUGUCUGUUUCGGUGGCUACGAAUUCCAGAAACCAACCUAUGAGGUCCUCACUGGCUAUGGUUAUGUCUGGGUUAGACCGCCGCCACAUGGCAUACCGCCAAAUGCUGUGACCACCGGACGUACCCGAAGCGGUGAGCCCAUCUACUAUGGACGCGGACACUAUCAGGGCAGUUUGACGCCCGGAUUGAUUUCAUCCCGUCAACGUUGUCUCUAUAUCCCAUACGGUGGACGAGAGAUUCGCAUCGAUUCUUAUGAAGUUUUGUGCCGACAAUAGAGAUCGGAGUCUCUAAAAACUUAUUUUUCUAGAAUUUAGCUGUCAAUCUAUUGUAAAAAUAAUCAAUGAACUGAAACCAAUAAAUUUGUAUUAAUCUAAAAUUAAA